AUGAACCCAGCAGGUUCUGACCCCAUCCAGGAGCUGGUUGAUGCAUUCCGCUGCAACGAUUUCCCACAGAGCGGGAUAAGGUGGCUUACAUUACUGUGCAGUGGGCACAACCUCUCUAGUCCAGUAACCCAAUCCCUUGAUAGCUUUACCCAAAAUUUCCGAGAAGUUUUUGGACGCCCGGUUGGGGAUACUUCAGUCUGUGAACAACUGUAUAACCUUCGUCAGGGUGAGAGUUCAAUCAACGAGUACGCCCUUAAAUUCCGCACCCUAGCCGCCUCCAGCAGAUGGAAUGAGCCAGCUCUUCUAACCACCUACCGCCUGGGACUUGAGCCAAGGUUGCGGCUGCAUCUCUCUUCCUUUGAUGACUCCAUGGGGCUCGAGCGCUUCAUCCAGCUCUCCAUCAGAGUGGCAAAUAGAAUGAGGUCCUGCCUCGAUGAGUUACCCGCUUCGCAGUUCCCACCUGUCUCCUCGCAACACUCCUCAGCCCAUGGUCCAGAACCGGACAGUGAAGUAAUGCAGAUAGAUGCUUUCCGGCUAUCCUCAGCAGAGCGCCAACACCGGCUGACCCAGCGGUUGUGUUUGUACUGUGUCGGAAAGGGACACGUCAUCUCGGCAUGUCCCAUUCAUACUCCACGCCCACUGUACCUGCACUUCUCGACUCACGGUCAGACGGCAACUUUAUUUCCGACACUUUCUGCAACCAGCUCCGUCUCCAAAGACAGCCGUGUGACCCCAACCUCCAGAUCCAAACAAUAA